AUGAAAUUUGUCAAGGGUUACACGUGCAUGAAGAAACACGUGAUCCCUUAUGAAUGGCGAAUAAACAAUAUCAGUACGUACAGUGAAAAAACUGGUGAUGAUAUUGAGUACAAAUUUGACUUGGAAUCACUAAAGUUUCCGCCAGGUGCUGAUGAAAAAAUAAAAUGGCAUCUGAAACUCAGCUCCGAGAAUGAAGAAUCAGAAGACAAGUCUUGGAUUUCGUUAUCUAUACACUAUUCUGCUGCACAAGAAUUUAACGUCCAGACUAUGUAUCAUUUAUUUAUUAUAAAUAAUAAGAAUGAACGCGUAAAUGUCACAGAGUUCAGGAAAUAUUUCAGGGGUCGCACUGACAGUUAUACUCAUGCUGAAUUUGUCAAGAAAUCAGACCUGGAAGAAAAAAAACGUGAGCUCCUUCCGAAUGAUUCGCUGACAAUAGGCAUAGAACUUACGAUCUAUGGUGAUCCCAUGAUGUACUCCAACAGCAUCACCCUAAAGGAACCAACAUCGCAUGUAAUUGAAGAUUAUCGGAGAUUGUUUGAAACCAAGGAAGGCUGCGACGUUAUUUUAAAGGUUGGAGAUGAAGCUUUUGAAACUCACAGAACCAUUCUGAUGGCACGCAACGAAAUUUUCUUCAAGCUGUUUACCCUUGCGACAAAAGAAGAAACUAACACAAGAGAAGUAAUAACGUUGACUGACAUUAAGCCUAAAAUAUUCAAAAGCUUUUUAGAAUUUAUCUAUACGGAUCAAGUUACUGAUAUUGAUCUUGUAGUUGAUGACUUGUUGGAAAUCGCUGAUAAAUAUCUAUUAGAUUCACUGAAAGAUUUAUGUACAGAAUCUUUGUUGAAAGGACUAAAAGCCGAUAAUGCAAUUCGAGUCCUUUCUUUAGCUGAAAAAUACAAUGUUCCUCAGCUUUCAGAACAAGUUUCUGAAUUUAUUGUUUGCAAUGCUAAGGAUACUGCUAACUUUAAUGUGAUCCAAUUUCAGAUGAACCUGAAGUCAGCUAAAAAAUGA